CAGGUUGCCGAACAUUGUUUCAGACGUUCUCUCGAAGACAAAGAGAAGAGACUAAGAGGAAAAUCACACAUCUUUUACACCUAUUUCUCCAAUUUUUGUGCGAUUGUGCUCAUACGACUUCAAUUUCAUUUCGAUUAAAUAUAUCUUAAUAAAAGCAAUGGCAACUCCGAAAGUAUGGGCGAAAAUCCAACCUCUGGAAAAUCCUGUCAAUCUGCUGGAUAUCACAUCAGAACAGCUGGCCGCGAGUAUGGAAGAGAGAGAGUUGAACUAUUUCAACGACGACGACGCGAAUAAACGGACGGAUAAAAAUAUGGGAGAAACGUAUGAUGCGAGCGAUACCGGUAGUGAUGAAGUUAUAGCAAAUUUAUUGCAAGCUCAAUUUAAUCGGGAGUACGAUACGAUGUUAAAACGCACAGAAAAAAAAUUUAAUCGCGAUUCGAAAGUGAGUAUUUCGUAUAGUAAUUACCGUAACUCUUUGCAUGAUGCCAAGGAUGAAGAUAAUAUGGAAGUUAAUGUGGAUGACAACAACAGAGACUUUGAUCGCUUUGUUAGUAUAGAGAAAGAAUAUGCUUCGAUACCACGUUGCGGUUAUAAGAAGAUGGGCAAAGAUUCUCAGAUUGUUACAAAACAUGACAUAUUAAUGUCUUCCAGAAUAAAUGCUUGUCGAGUAUUGCAAUUUCCACCAGGUAUUCACACAGGAGACACAGGUGGGUUUGAUGUCAAACUGAACAAUAAGGUAUAUAAUACUCUGCGCGCAUACAGUCGUGCGCAGUACUCCAAGGAGAGGGCAAAAGUAUCACCAAAAUCCAAAAAUUCGAAGUAGAAUAUCAGCAAGAUUCAACAAAUAAUUCUCUGAAUUCUUCCGAAUCCCAGCAGUAUUCCGUACUGCGUUAACAUGUGUGUUGGUAUUUUAUUUGUUAAAAAACGAUAGAAAAAUACAUUAUCGAAAAUUGAUAAAAUCUAUAAGUUUUGUCAAAUCUGCUAUUGUAUUAUAAUAUUUUUCAACAAUUAUCAAAAAUACUGAUAAAUAUCAUUAACAGAGUAUGGAAUAUUUCUGCUCUUUCAAUCGUAUUUACACUGAUUUACUGUAAAUACAUACAGCAUAUUAUGAUGAAACAAUGAAUUUGUACAUAUAAUCCAGCACUAAAUGUACAAAAUUAAAAAAAAAAUAUAUCUUGCAAUUAGGUGAAAAAACAUUUGACUAGAAUGGAAAUGCAUUGAAACUUUUGUGUGUAUAGAUAUAUGUACAUAUAUGUAUAUAUAUAUUAUAUGUAU